GUUUUACGUAUGCUCCUAUAGAUUGGGCCUCACCUGGAUCACGAAUCCUUUCGUAGCCAUUUUGGCUCAAGCGACCGCACGCCGCGCCGCCUCGGCUGUCCUUCUCGGUAUGGCGGGCCUGGGCGCGGCUAGAGGGGCGGCAGCUGGCGUGGACAGGGCGGCUCUCGUGGCUGCCGCCGUCCGUGCGGCAGUCGAGGCUAAGGCGCCACGGCGCACGGUGGCCGCGGUGGCGCGGGGCGCGGUGUCGGUGGCCCUUCGGGCCGCGAUGCCCCCGCCGCCGCCUGCGGACGCCAGCGCUGGGGCGGAUGGCCGCAAAGAUGGUGUCUCGGAUGCGAAGCGCGAGCGGCGGCGGCGGCGCCGUGCUCGCCUCGCUGUGAGGUGCCGCGCUGCUCGUGGUGCUGAUCCUGGUGCUGGUCGCGCCGGCGUGCCUGCCCUGGUGGGCGGCCCUGGCGGCGAUGCUCCCAUGGGCAACAGCUUCGACGACAGCGACGGGAUCAUCGACGACUUCUGGGCCGACAGCUUGCCCGUCCGCGGGCCGCGACGGCCAAGGGGUGGCGCCCGUGGUGGGGCUGCGGCGGCGGCGGCGACGGAUCCAGUUCGGGGAGCUGGCGGAGUUGCUGGCGCCGCUGGGGUUGGCCUCGGGAGCGACGGCCUUGGCGGUGCCGCUCCGAGGCGGCGCGGGCCGAGGCGCGCUCAGUCGAAGGCGGUUGCGGAGCUGGGCUCGGCGGCCGCGGUGGCGGCGCCUGAGGCUGGCGGAGGUGCGGGCUCGGGGGGCGGCCUCCGCGAGUGCUUCGCGCUCGCCGACGGCCUCCUCCGACAGGCGCCUGGCUACGAGCCUCAGCUCAGCGCAGAACUUCGGCAGAUGCGGGAGUCCGUGAGCUGGAGGCCUGCCAGCGCUGUGUAGAGCAUCCCGCCCAGGGCCCUGAGGGAGUGGCUUCGGUGGACUGGCCCCUUUGUGGGUCGGCACGGCCAGGUGGGCACCCCGCGUGGGCGCCCCUGGCGAUGCUGCGUACCUCAGAUGCUCGGGCGAGCAGUUGUCAGCCUCGGCCCAGCGGCGGGCGGGACACAGGGGAGGGACUUCGGUGGCCUGGCCCUUUUUUGGGUCGGCACGGCCAGGUGGGUACCCCGUGGGGGCGCCCCUGGUGACGUCCCACACCCUGGCGCUUCAGAGCGAACGGCUCGUGCUGCGCGAGCCGCGCCGACCAUUGAAAAAAGGAUCACGAAUCCUUGAUGUUAUACGUAUGUUUCUGUAGAUUGUCC